CAUUCACAUCUCCACGUGUAGAGUGGUUUACACCAACGCCACUGCAAAGUUUGGAACUGAGUAGAUUACACUCUUUCUUUUUCCAAAUCCUUCUCCACUUCGAUUUAUGAAAAAUCAUUAAUUUUUCUAUUUUUUUUAAUGUAAAGUAAAGGGCAAUUAUGAUUUUUAUGGAUUUCAUUUUUUUUUUUUUUUUUUCAUAUUUGUUCAGAAAGAAAAAAAAAAAAUCAAUGCUGUGAUUGUUUUAUUUUCGGGUUGAUAGCUCAGCCAAAAUAAACGAUAGCUUUGCCUGAUGCACAGUGGGUGGAAUAGCAUAAUACCUUUUCCUUUUCUAUGUCUAAAUGGUUAGGGUUUCAUUUGCCGAAAGCAUUUGUUUUUGUGUCUCAUCAGUGAAGUAAUUAGCAUGGAUUUCUCAAAGGACGGUUUUGUUUGUAAGAUCGAACCCGUUGUUUCAACUGUUCGUGGGUUUGUGUGGUCGGCGUUGAGGCUAUCAAGUUCAAUGCAGAGCCCACAGAAUGAUUCUGCACAGCGGUAUUUGGGGCUAGGUUUCAAGGCAUUGAUAGCCACACCUGAGAAGGAAACGCUUCACCAGCGGGACCGCUCUUCUCGCAUAGUCCAUUCCCAUACAAGGGCAUCAUCUUCAUCCUCUUAUUCUUUCAGGUCCCUGCCAAAAUUGUCUUGUUCUUCCUCAUUCUCAUCUUCUAUGACAGGUGAUUUGAUUGGGACUGAGAGUGGUGUGUACAUGAGCUCCAAUGAUGAAGAUUUAAUGACAGAAAUGGUGGAUAUUAAUGGAGCACCCUGCAAUUACUUGAGUCGGAAAAAACCAUGUUGUAGAGACACAAGGACGAGGGAACACCCAGCGCCAAUAUCUACACUGGUACGCCCUGGGAACUUGUCCGGGGAUAAACCUUUUGCUUUGAAGAGACAGUGUGUUGACGGAAGACUGAUUAUUACAAAGGAGAGACCGAAACAAUGCCACCGAGUACAUGCCAAGAAAGAGAAUGGCCGACUCUUGUUAUAUCUCGUACCCCCUGUUGAAGACGAGGAAUAUGGUGAGGAGAUGGAAGAUGUGAUUGAAGAAAACCAUGUGAAAGACAUUUCUGAUAAUCAUAGGGAUGGGAAACAACCUUGCGGGGUGGUGGAUGCAACGGGAGUGGAGAAAGGGCCAUUUACAACGGUGGCUUCUUCGAUGCACCAGCCUUGUGUGGUGAAUUGGAGUGGAAACGGUGGAGCGGCACGUAGGUGCUUCACUUACGUGGGCGAGGGAAUUUCAGAUACCAGUUUUUUUAAUGUGCCCACCAUGAACAAGGCCAUAUAUACCUAGUCCAUGAUCAACCUCCUUUCUACGCUCUCAGCCCUUUGACGGAAGGAGAUGGGGCUAAACAGAUGUUGUUCCGAGAGAUAUUUUUAGUUGUUUCAUGUCAUGAUCUGUGACCCAUAUUUGAUAAAACUGGGUGUGCAUGUUUCUUUCUGUC